UCCCUCUUGUUAGUCGUUUCUCACGUUUACCAACACCAAACCAAAACAUCACAAAUCCUUCACAAUUUCGUCCCUCUCUUUCUCUCUCUAUCUCUUGUUUCGUCCUUCUUUGUCUUUGCGUCAGAUCUAAGACACAGACAAACUUCUAGGUUAAGAUUAACCCUAACCAGAUCCAUCUUCUACUACUCUAUUUCAAUCACCCUUGUGAUCGGAUGUCGGCGUAUCGUUAAAGCUAAGGUGGUUCGAAAAUGGACAAAAAAUCGAACCGCACUGAUCUUCUUGCUGCUGGUCGUAAAAAGCUUCAGCAAUACCGCCAAAAGAAGGAUAAUAAAGGGAAGGAUGGGAAAGGGAAAGACGGAAAAAGCAAUAGUAAGUCCAUGGGUAAAGCUGAUAAAUCUGAACAGACUGACGCUGAUUGCAAUUUAAUUUCUUCUCUGGAUACGGCAAAUGCAGAAUCAUCACAAGUUCUUGAACCAGAAGUUGAAUCAUCUGCUAAAUCUUUAGAUUCUACCAUUGACAGCCCGAAGUUGUCGGCUGAGCCUUCAUUGAAUCAUAAACCUGACGUCAAUGCUGUUAUAGGAGAGGGGGUGGUUGAGAUAAGUAGCCUUGAAGUAGAAGGAUCUGUUACAUCAGAAUGUACUGAUUUCAAUACGGUUUUACAUCAGCGUGCUAAUUCUGCCUUUGAAGCAGCUGAAAUGGUUGCCACUGCUUCUAUUGAACCUAAGUACGUGCUGGAGGGAGUUCAGGUAUCAGCUGUAGGGGCAAUGCAGGAGGCUGACAGGUUUGUUCUGGAGCCCGGAAGAGAUGAAAAACUACCAGUUUCCAUUGCCAUCAGUGAAACGACAAGUCCUAAAAAACUGAAUCAGCAAGGAGAAGAUGUCAUGGUCUUUCCAUCUGAUGAAAAAUCAUUUUAUUUGCAUUCUUUGAAUGAUUCAAGCUACUGCGAGGGUGGAGAAAAUCGAGCUCAUUUAGAUCAGAAAAUUGUUGAAGGGUAUGAUGAGACAGAUUUACCCGAGGUUUCUAGUAUGGUUGAUAUUAAGAGUCACAAUGACACUGUUAAGAGCAACAAUGACACUCACAAUGAAACUUUGUGCCAUGGUGUAAAAGGCAACUCGUUGGACCUGGUUCAGCUUGCAGAAUUGCUGAAGGGGCUCUCUGAAAAUGAUUUUCUGUACUUGAUCAAGUCAAGGGAAAGGGUAGAUCAUAAAAAUCGUUCGGUGCACAAAAAUGAGAUGUUUGCUUUUCCUGAGACAUUUCAAGAGCAGUUUUAUUUAGCAAACAUUUCAAAAGACUGUUUUCAUUUGCAACUUUUGGAGCAGCAUGAGAAUCAAAUAGAUCAUGAUCUUGACAAAGGAGCUGAACUUUCUUCAUUGCUUACAGAUGUCCAAGAGUGUAAAAAAAGACUUGGUGUGGAGCUUGCUCAAUGUAGAUCUGAAUUGGAGGUUUCGAUGAACGAGAAAUUGAAAUUUCAGAAUUUGUAUAAUGCUGCCAAGGAAGAGAGUGUGGUGUUUUCUGCCAAGACAGAUGAGCUGAAGCGUGAAUUGGAUAACUCAGUCAUGCACAUUUCCAGUCUUUCUGCAGAUCUGACCAGCACCAAGGCUUUAUUGGAAGCAUCACAGGUGGAGAAUGAAAAGCUAUUGAAAAGUUUGGCUCUGGUGUCUGAGCAGCGGAAUAAAUUUGAGGAGGUAAUGCAGCAGUAUUCUCGUGAGAAUCAAAAACUUUCAGUGAAUAUGGCUGAUAGUGGUAGUCAAUUGGCUGCAUUGGAGCAGGAAGUUUCAAAUUUGAAAACCAGUCUUUCUUCUAUGGUGGAAGACAGGAAGAGAUUUGAAGAGGAAAAUGAGUUACAUUUUCACGAGAAGGAGAUGCUUUUAGGAGAUUUGGCAGAUUGCAGGAGUGAAAUUGCAGCUUUGCAGCUGGAAAAAUCUGAUUUUGACUCCAGCCUUUCAAUCUUGACCAAAGAGAAUAAGAAGCUAAAGGACCAUGAGGAGUUUCUUGCCCAGGAGUUUGAAAGACUUUCUACUGAGCUUGUUGUUUACCAAGAUCAGGUGUCUAUGCAACAUCAGGGGAAUUUGCAGCUUGAGGCUGAACUCAAAGAAGCAUUGUUACGUCUUGAGCAAAUGGCAGAGGAAAAUAUUAUUCUCCAUAGUAGCUUGGAAAUCUAUAAAGCUAAAGUAGCUGAGAUUGUUGGCAGGCAAAUUCAACUUUCUGAUGUAGGUACUGGGUCCAGGGUUCAUAUUCGAACAUCUGAUACUGGUUGCUCAGUGGAAACUUCCGAGAAAGAAGACACUGAAAUUUCAUUGUCAGUUGGUCCUACAACUGGAGAUGUGUCUGAUGGUACAUUCCUUUCAGAGUUGCGAUCUAGUUUCAGUGGCGGUGAUUUAGUACUGAAGGGAUACCUUGAGGAGGCUGAUAAAAUUAUACAAAAACUUGAAAAGGCAGUUGAUGGCAUGCAUUCUCACUCAGUAUCCCUUAGUCGGUCAUAUGAGAAAAAUGCUGCUGCAGGUGUAUCGAAGUUGAUUCAAGCUUUUGAGUCAAAGACUAAUGUUGACGACCCUGUCACUGAUGAAAGUCCCUCUGUUACUGAAAGUGUGGGGCCUCUUGAUCCGUACUUCUCUGUGAAGGAUGAAUUAGUUAGUUUGAGAAAUGUGCUUCAGGCACUGGCUCAGAAUGUUGAGCAUGUGGAUUCUCUGAUCAUGGAAGAAAUUAGUCGCUAUAAAGCUGCUAUAAUCUCUUGUAGGGAGCUUGAGGUUGAAGUUGAAGCUUUGAAGAGUAUGAGUAAUAAUCUUGAAGCUAGAAACAUUGAGCUAGAAGUUAUUUGUGGAGCUAUGAAUCAGCAUGCACAUGAUACUGAAGCAGCAAAAACUCAGCUUGAAGAUUUAUGUGAGGCCCUGAAGAGACAGUAUGCAGUUCUUCAGUCAGAUAAUAUUGAACUAGUUAAGAAGUUAACAGAUGCUCAUUCUAGAAUCAGUGGUUUGCAGGUUAUGUUGAAUGAAAUACGACAAAAAUCUGUCGAGCUGACCUCUAUUAUUCUUCAUGAAGUUGAAAAUGUGCAAAGGGGAAUGAGAGAGGAAAUUUUUUCAGUUGAGAGGAAAUGGGAUUCUGCCUUUUCUAGGCUUGCUCCAAUGGUUCAAAAGCUUGACACAGUUGUUAAAUCGGCAGUAGCUUAUCCUCUCCUACAUGAGAUGAGCCAAGACUUGGAUAUUUUUGGCCACUUUUCGUCCUCCGUAAGUUUUGCCUGUGAAGUUAUCAAUAAUUUGAAGACAAGGCAUGAAGCUCAUGAUGAACUCUCUACCUCAUACAAGGAAAUAGAGGAAAAGUUGCGCAAUGUCGAUGAAGCACGCAGUUUGGCCAUUGUCCUACUGCAGAAGUUUUCUUCUGAUAUUGUUAAUAUCCUAAAUGUUACUGCUGAUCACUUCAAUGAUGGUAAAAUUUUUAUGACAGAGAACAGCCAACAGGACCCUUUGGAUGCUAGUUAUUAUGAGGAUAUUAUAGCAAAUCUGAGCAGUUUUUUGGGUGACUUGCUGCCGCAUAAGGAGUUAAACAAAAAAUUGUCCUCUGACUUGUUGAACAAAGCCAAUGACAUUGAGGAGUUGAGCAAAAGGUGUCUGGAUACUGAUACAUUGUUGAAGCUUGCUUUAGAGGUCAAAAAACUUCUGAAGGUCCAAGAUACAGAGAUGGACUUAAAUGAAGCACCUGUUUGGCAGUUGCAAUCUUCAGUUACGUUGCUUACUCAGAAAUACAAGGAGCUAGAAGAACAGGCUGGCGUAUCAGUCAAAGAUGCAAAUUCUAGGUUGAUGGAAUUGGAUGAUCUGCAGGGAAAAGUUGAGUCGUUAAACUCUGUGAUUAUUCAACAGCAGAAUGAAAUUGUUGUUCUCAGGGAGAGCUUGUUUCAGGCAAAGCAUGGCAUUGAAGCAUUGCAGGAUGAUUUACUGCAGAAAGCUAAGGAGCUUGAACAAUCAGAGCUGCGGGUUGCUUCUAUUAGAGAAAAGCUUAGUAUAGCUGUUGCAAAGGGAAAAGGCUUGGUUGUGCAGCGUGACAAUCUUAAACAGUCUUUGGCAGAGAUGUCUAGUGAACUGGAAAGGUGUUCGCAGGAGUCCCAGUUGAAAGAUUCAAGGAUUCUUGAGGUUGAAGAGAAGCUGAAGAACUAUUCAGAGGCUGGAGAACGUAUGGAAGCUCUGGAAUCUGAGUUGACAUAUAUCCGUAACUCUGCGACGGCAUUGAGAGAGUCUUUUCUUAUGAAAGAUUCUACCCUACAGAGGAUAGAGGAGAUUUUGGAAGAUGUUGAGCUGCCAGAUCAUUUUCAUUCCAAAGACAUUAUAGAGAAGGUUGAUUGGCUAGCUAAGGUAGUUUCUGGAAAUCCUUUACAGCCUUCUGAUUGGGACCAGAGGAGUUCUGUUGGUGGUGGUUCAUACUCAGAUACCGGUUUUGUGGUCACAGAUGGAGGCAAGGAUGAUGUACAAACCAUCUCAAAUAUAGAUGAUGAUCUGAAAAAGAAAUAUGAAGAGCUGCAGACAAAGUUUUAUGAAUUGGCUGAACAAAAUGACAUGCUCGAACAAUCAUUGAUGGAAAGGAAUAUUUUGGUGCAACGCUGGGAGGAGAUUUUGGACAGAAUAAAUACACCUACCCAGAUACGAUCGAUGGAGCCUGAAGAAAGGAUUCACUGGUUAGGAACUGCCUUGUCAGAGGCCGACCAGCAUAUGAGAUCUCUUCAGCAGAAAAUUGAGACCCUUGAGAAUUAUUGUGAUUCACUGUCGAUUGAUCUUGAUGAAUCACGUAAAAAGAUAUAUGAACUUGAAUCAUCUCUGGAGGCAAAUUUGAACGAGAAGGAAGCUGCAUUGUCUGAGGCUGAUGACCACAUGACUUCUCUUCAGCAGAAAAUUAACAUGUAUGAAAAUCAUUGUGGUUCACUGUCUGCUGACUUGGAAGAUUCACGAAGAAGAAUAUCUGAGCUUGAAUACUUUCUGCAAACAGCUAUCAAAGACAAGGAGUUUCUUUCUUGUAGCUUGGUUACUUUGAUGUCUGAUCGAGAAAUAGUGUCGAGUAUAGUUGAGCAAUAUGAGAUUGAGUUGGAUAGUCUGAGGAAAGAUGUUACUGUUUUGCAGGAAAACUUGUCAAAGAAGUGUAUAGAUGAGGGCCAGAUUAACCAGAUUGAAAGUGACUUGAAGAGAUUGCAGAACUUGAUACUCGAUGCAUUUCAAAAUUCUGUAAUGGAAGAGGAGUCUCCUGAUUCCAGUAAUAUUCUAGUCUUGGAAAGAUUGAUCAGAAAACUUGUAAAGUAUGGAAAAGGACGUGCUGCAGGUCAGGAUUCGGAAACUGGAGUUUGGGACCAGAAUACUGAAAACGUUUCAAGAGCAUUAAAUGUGACUGAUGUAGAGAGUGAGCAGGUCCGUGAAAACGAUGUUAUGGAUACAGAUGAUUUCAAGCCCUGGAGCAGAGUUGAUGAGGGGCAAAAUAUAGCAGAUCUGAGACGAGAGCUUGCUGAGGCUUUAAAUGAGUCAGUAAGCCUUAGGGAGGAGAGAGAUAUAUACCUGCAGAAGAUUCAAUCUAUGGUGACUGAACUCGAAGAAUUAGAUAAGAGAAAGAAGGAACUUCAAGAGCUUCUUACUCUAGAAGAGCAGAAGUCUGCCUCACUCCGUGAGAAGCUUAAUCUUGCAGUUCGGAAAGGUAAAUCACUGGUCCAACAAAGAGAUGGUCUGAAACAGACCGUUGAAGAGAUGACUGCUGAAAUAGACCAAUUGAAAUCGACGAUAAGCAGCCAUGAAGGUUCCCUUGUGGAGUCUACUUGGAAGAUAAGCGAUUUAUCUCUCCAGAUUGAAACAUGCAAAGCAUUUGAAGCUGAAAAUUUAUCCUUAAAAAAUCAUCUCAUAGAAGCGCAGCAACAUUUACAGCAAAGUAGCCAUACUUUGAGCUUGCUUCUUAGCAAACUUGGUGAGAUCAAUGCAGUUGAAGGAGUCAAUCCUCAUGACCCGCUGCAGAAGUUGGACGGAAUUAUAAAAAUGUGCUCUGAUUUGCAUCUCUCAGCUGCUUCGUUUGAGCAGGAGUCCAAGAAAUCCAAAAAGUCAGCGGAGCUUCUGUUAGCAGAGUUGAAUGAAGUUCAGGAAAGGAAUGAUAGCUUGCAAGAAGAAUUGGAAAGAGCCUAUGACGAGAUCUCAAAUCUCUCGAAGGAAAGGGAUUUCGCAAAUGCUGCCAAAAGCGAAGCUCUUACUCAUCAUGGCGAAAUAUCUAAAGAGAUAGAAAAUCAACUGGCUGACCUUGAGAAGUUAAAAUCCAGUGUGCUUGGAUUGAAAAAUGUGUUUAUUGAUAUAUCUACUGUAUGUGAUGAUAUGUUUGUCAAGGAUAUAGAGCUUCUGAACAAUGUAAGGACUUAUAUGGAGUCUACCCUGGGACCUGGUGUGAACCCAGUACCUGCUAAAGCUCAUAGUAGCCUGGUCUCUGUUAAUUCUAGAUUCAAGGAUUUCUGGUCCAAAACUUCAUCGUGGGGAAAUAAGAUGUCUGGGCCUUUGGAAGAGAGUGCCGACUUAAAUGUCUGUAAGGAUAUUGAGCAGCAUCUUCAACAGCUAACUGAAACCAUUAGUGACUUGAAGGAGAGAAUACAAAGCCACUCAAUGUCAUUGAGAACAGAAGUCGAGUGGUUGUCUACUGUUGCUGGUACCAUGGUCAGAGAAAUUGCGUCUCAAAAGAGCUCCUUAGAAUCAAUCAGGGGUGACAACGUCCGUCUGCAAUCAAUCGAGAAAGAAAAAGACAUGGAGGGAGAAGUUAUGCGUAGAAGUAUCUUCCUUCUUUUUGAAGCAUGUACUACUUCUAUUGUGGAGAUCGAAAAUAGAAAAGCCCAAUUGGUCAGAGAGAAUUUUGUUGCUGAAAAUCUGAGAACAAACUUGCCAGCUUUGCCCAUAGCUGAUGGAGAAAUUUUUAGUGGAGUUGCUCUUUCAUCUUCUGAGGAAUCUGUAAAAACGCUGGCUGAUAAGCUAUUGAUGACUGUAAAAGAUUUUGUUGAUAUUGGAACCAAGAAUGUUGAAGGUCAUAGUAAAGAGAUGAAGAACACAAUAAUGGAGUUGCAGAAGGAGCUUCAAGAAAGGGAUAUACAAAGGGAACGGAUGUGCCUGGAGCUUGUAAGUCAAAUCAAGGCAGCAGAAGUUACUGCUGCAAAUUGUUCGCAGGAUCUACAAUCAAUGACGAAUUAUGCUCAUGAUCUGGAGAACAAAGUGGAAGUUUUAAAGAAAGACAGGAGCUUGUUGGAACGAAGGGUAGGCGAACUAGAACAAGAAUGUCGCAGUUCUACAGAGUUGGAGGAAAAGGUCAAGUCACUGACUGAUAUGUUGGCUGGCAAAGAACAAGAAAUUGAGUCUCUUAUGCAAGCGCUCGAUGAGGAGGAGAAUCAGAUGGAAGCCCUGAGAAGUAGGAUUUUGGAGCUGGAAAAGGCACUGCAGAAGAAGAAUACAGAUUUGGAGCUUGUAGAAGCUUCGCGUGCUAAGGCCCUCAAAAAACUAUCUGUAACUGUGAGGAAGUUUGAUGAGCUGCAUCAUAUGUCUGAAGGUCUUCUCUCUGAAAUUGAAAAUCUUCAAGCACAGUUGCAGGAACGAGAUACAGAAAUUUCUUUCUUAAGGCAAGAGGUCACUAAAUGCACAAAUGAUGUCUUGGAAGCGGCGAAGAUAGCAAAAGAGCGAAAUUCUGGCGAACUUAAUGAUUUUUUGACAGGGCUGGAUUCAUUGCUUUCUGGUGUUCUGAAGCGCAACACCCAUGGCAUUAAUGGUAAUGCAAGUUAUCCUGAAAUCAAGGAGCGUGUUCAGAAGGACCUAAUGUCCAUAAUAUCAGAGUUGGAAGACAUGCAAUUGAAUGCACAAAGUAAUGAUAUGCUUUUACAAGCAGAACGGAGUAAGAUGGAAGAAUUGUUGCAUGUAAAAGAAGCUCUGGAAGCUUCACUGAAUGAGAAGGAGCGAUACCUAAAUUCACUCCAAACUGUUGGAAUUUCUGGAUUAGGAACAUCUGAAAUCGUCGAGGUUGAGCCGGUGUUGAACAAAUGGCCUUCUCUAGUAACUUCUUCUCAAGUCCGAAGUUUACGCAAAGCGAACAACGAUCAAGUUUCCAUAGCGAUUGAUGCAGAUGCUGGAGAUUCUGGUAGAAUCGAGGAUGAAGAAGAUGAUAAAGUUCAUGGCUUUAAGUCACUUACAACGUCGAGGUUUGUGCCAAAGUUCACCAGGCCUGUCAGUGACAUGAUUGAUGGUUUAUGGGUUUCUUGUGACCGAACCCUAAUGCGUCAACCCGCUUUUCGCCUUGGUAUCAUGAUUUAUUGGGCUGUGCUGCAUGCAUUUCUAGCCUCAUUCAUUGUCUGACAAAGCCUGUUCUGAUUCUCUUAGUUUGAUUAAUGGAUGAAUUUGCGUUGAAGUGAAACAAACAAGUGGGGGGAUACUUCGCCUGUUAUGGUAAUUUGUAUCAGAAUGCUUCCUUUUUUUUGUGAACAUUUUACCAUCUAGUCCGAAGUUACUCAGUUUAAUCUACAAUUAACUGGGCAAACUAAGAUUUGCUGCUGUUUUAGUUUUGGUGAAUCUUAGUGAGCUUGGCGAAAACUCAAUAAGGGUCCCGUUUGUUAGCGUUAACUGGACACUAUAGUUAGGGAUCUAAGCAUUUUUUUUGUUAUGUAGAUGGAGUUAAGCGAAAAAAAUUUAUUGUUUUGCACCCGCAAGGAUAUAUGUAAGCUUCGAUCCUUACACAUACAAUACAAUGUACAAAAGAAUUCAGUUGGAAAUAUGCAUUUGUCUUUGUGAUUUUGUUAUUUUUUAUUUUAGUAAACGAAUUACAUUUUGUAUAGAAGAAAUUGUGUGAUUAUACUUGUUAUAGUAAAACACCAAAUUAUCUUUAAUCAUUCAUAUGGUUUCCAGGC